CGACAACAUCAUGAUUUUACAUUCUGUGAAAGAAUUUCGUUCGCGACAGGUGUAUUUGACACAUGCCCAAAAAUAGACGUCUCUGAAGCGUAAGCUGAUAAUUAUUUGCCAUAAUCCCGUCGGUCUGUACUAGUGUUCCACUGUCCAGAGUGCAACUAACAGCUAUGUUGACGUUUGUGCUUGUCUGCUUGGUCGUGUCUGCGGCUGGACAAAAGGAUCAGAGACGGAACACGGAAUGUUUACCGGAAUUUGGCUGUUUCAAUUCACAUGGACUCGUUCCCGUCCCUCAAGAUCCGAGCCAGGUAAACACGCACAUGAAAAUAUUCACACGCGCACACGCGCACAACCCGACUGUAAACUUUGAUUUGGACCACUAUUCCAGCCAAGUUGGGCACUUCGCAUCGUUGUUUGACUCGUCCAAGGACACCAAAGUCGUCAUUCAUGGCUACCUCAACUCCGGAUCAGAUGCUUGGGUGGUCCAGAUGACUGACGAACUGUUGAAGAAGGGUGAUUUUAACGUGAUCGUGGUAGAUUGGCAGGGCGGAAGCAAACAGGCGUACGGUCACGCUGUGGGAAAUACCUACCUAGUCGGGGCGGAAGUUGCAAAGACGCUGACGUAUCUCCAUGACAACAGAUCACUCGAUUACAGCAGAGUCCACAUCAUUGGCCACAGCCUUGGGGCUCAAAUUGCUGGACACAUCGGCUAUCGGGUCAAGGGCAUCGGCCGUAUCUCCGCACUGGACCCAGCAGAGCCGGACUUCCGGGGCCAGCCCACAGACCAAAGACUUGACCAAUCGGACGCGACUUUUGUCGACGUCAUUCACACAGAUGGAUCAGUUUUCAUUGGAGUUUCGGGUUACGGUUUGAAGGACCCUGUCGGCCAUGUGGACUUCUACCCUAACGGAGGGCAGCAUCAGCCCGGAUGUGCUGAGCUACCCCUUGUCAGCGCCAUCGGCAGCAUUCUGCACGGUUCUGUUGGAGGCGCUGCUGGCACAAUUUCGUGCAGUCACUCCCGAGCCACACAGCUGUUCAUCGAAUCCAUUAACUCGCCGUGUAAAUUUUACGCCCACACGUGCUCGUCUUCGUCACAGUUCGAUAAUGGCGCCUGUAUGGGCUGUCCUUCUGAUGGAUGUCCAGUCAUGGGGUACGAGGCUGACCAAACUAGCCACAGAGGGUCCUUCUACCUGAGUACAGCCGGGUCCACGCCCUAUUGUGCACACGAGUAUUAUGUGGAGAUUCACGUGUCGCAUUUCUCUGGUGUGUCAUACGGAGAACUGUUUGUCACACUCGUGGGCGACCACGGCAGGUCCGAGGAAAUCAAGUUUUCUCCCCGUAACGAGUACUUCCGUAGUGGUAUGGUAGAGAAGCACGUCAUCGCCACAAACACAGAUAUAGGGCAAGUGACGUCACUGCGCGUGAGGUAUGACGAACCUAAACCUCAUAUUCAUCAUACAACGCAUACUAUUAAACUACACAGCAUCGUGGUCGAGUCGACGGAGAAUUCUAACCAGGUGAAGUUCUGUGGACACGAGUACGGGAUACACUCUUGCAAAAUUUAUUUAUGA